UAGCAGUAUAAGCACCCUGCUUCAACAGCCCAUUGUGUUUCAUUUUCAGACUCACCAAAAGUAACAAGUUCAAACCCUUGUGUUGAUGCACCCCAGUAUCACUAUGUGCAAAAUGUAUUUGGCCUAUGUGGCCCUUGGAUGUGCACUAUUAGCCAACAUGGUAUUUGCUGGCGCCCUCAUCUGUGAUAAAUGUGGCAAAAGAAGUCUCUAUUUGACCACAGGCCCCAUAAGCACAGAGAUAUCAUGUCAAGAGCUCCGAGUAAAAAUACCUCCCUGUGAAGCAAAUGCUAUUGUAGAACGGUACAUAUGCAAAUCAUGUGGCAUGGCUGCAUGGGUCCCCUGUACUGCAUGUAACAAUCGAGACAAAGACAAGCAACAUUCUGGACUUCCAAGCUAUUACAUGCCCUUUAAAUGUGACAAGUGUGGUACUGGGCGUGGUUUACAUUGGACAGGUGUAACCUCAUCAUAUGGCUGUGGCACACUGCAAAAACAUUCAGCAAUCCAGAAUCCCAACUUCUGUAGGGCAAACGUUGCAGUCCGCCAAUUCAAAUGUGAAGGUGAAUCAUGUCCCUGGGCGGCAUUAGUCCCCAUGGGGCCGUGUAAUAAUAAUGACCUUCGAAAACAACACACACCUGAAAUAUACUAUUACAUGCCAUGA